AUGCAGGACUUCAGAAAUUGUCAAGAUUUCUGUGGGUUUAAGGAUUUGGGCUACACGAGUUUACCUUUUACCAAGUGCAAUAUGCAGUUUAAUGGUUCUCUAGUUUGGGUUCGGUUAGAUAAAGCUCUGGCCACAGUUGAUUGGAUUCUGAAAUUCCCUUCCAUCUGUCUUCACCACCUGCAAGGUUUGUCUUCUGAUCAUAAGCCUUUAUGGUUAGCUUCUGAUGAUGUCAAUGCUCGUUUUUACCAAUCUCAAAAACCUUUCCGGUCUGAAGCCAUGUGGCUCAAAGAUGAUCGUUGUGAAGAUAUGGUUCACUUGGCCUAG